UUCGGAAUAAACCUGGAUGCAGCAUAUGGUGCUCAUGAAGCCUGCUGGAUUUUCCUAAGAGCUGUGGACGUGAUCCAGGUCACUAGAGAAGGUUUAGGAUCGGAAGUGCAAGCAGAAGUGGAGUAGUACAGUACAGUAGUAAUGGUCCGGUUGGGUGUGUUAGAGGGAUUAGGGCAGUGAUGACGCGGUGCACGGAGCAGAAGAGUGAGAUUCCUGCAGCCGCGAUGCUUUUCUUGUUCUGCAGGUCGGUGACAUGUCUGACAUGAACUCUUUCUGCCAUGGCGAGAGGUCUGCUUGCACGGGCCUGGAUCACGAAGUCUUACCUCUUUCACCUGGAGGAUGCCGGACCUCGUCCUGUCCGGAGAUUCACAAGAUAAAGUCGCACAAUGACGCUGUUACUCACCGGCCAAUCAGAUUACUUUUCCCAGGAGACAACAUCUCAGUGGAGCACUAAUGAAAGAAGUCGAGAGUGAAGUUCAGACGUACUCCAAGGACACAAGGAAGAAAAUCUGUUGUUUUUUUUUAGGGCUGAGUGAUGUGAUGAUGUAAUAAAAUGGUCAGUUAUGUCAGGGCAUUCUUUUCCUUUUUGGAUAUUGUGGAUCUCAUGAGCACAAACACACCCAAAGUGGACAGCUGAAGAUGAGAAAACUUUGUCCAGUCUUCAGCUGUCCAGUCUGGGCGAGUCCGAGCUCAUGACGGUCUCAGAUUCCACAUCCUGGCUACAGAAGAGAUAUCUGGCGUGCUUUUCUCCUGAUGGAGGUUCGGCUGUCGUACGUGAGGGUGAAGUACCUGUUCCUCACGUGGCUGGCGGUGUUUGUGGGGAGCUGGGUGGUGUAUGUUCAGUACUCGUCUUACACAGAGCUGUGCCGAGCACACGAGUGCUACACCACCAUCUGUGAUAAAUACAGAGCGGGUGUGAUCGACGGCUCCGCCUGCAGCAGCCUGUGUGAGAAAGAGUCGCUGUACUUCAGGAGGUGUCUGUCCUCCAAACCCAACACUCAGGUGUACACGGCGAGCUGGGGCGACGUGGACGCGGUCAUCAAGUGCCAGCUGGGCGACGUGCUUCACUAUGAGCUGGGAGAAGAGCUGGAGCCCAGGAAGGAGCCUGCACUUUUCGACAAACCCACCAGAGGAACGUCGGUGGAGAAGUUCAAAGAGAUGGUGUAUGGUCACGUGAAGGCGAAGGUUGGGGAGCAGGCUGAUCUCACCACGCUGGUAUCACUGGUCCUGUCGUUCGCGGAUGCCGAUAACGACGGGCGUGUGUCUCUAGCCGAGGCCCGGUCGGCGUGGGCUCUCCUGCAGCUGGACGAGGUUCUACUCAGCGUGGUUCUGCAGGGACGCAGUCACACUCCCAAGCUGCUGGGUUUCUGUGGUGACCUGUACGUGGUGGAGCGAGUCGCGUACACGCCGCUCUACGGCCUCAACCUGUCUCCAUCGCUGGAACCCUGGAUCACGGCCGUGGUGGGACGCGGCCUGGAUCACCUGUUCGCUCCGUCGUGGCCUCGAAAGGCAAAGAUCUCGAUCGGGCUGCUGGAGCUGGUGGAAGACGUUUUCCACGGGAUGUUCGGCUCCUUCCUGCUGUGCGACAUGAAGCCGGGAAGCUUCGGCUACACCGAGCGCUAUGAGCUGCGUCUCCUGGACGGCCGACACGUCGUGCCCGAGGAGGCGUUCAGACGCGUCAUGCGAGCCCGGCCGUGCCACGAAGACUCGGACUGCGUGUACAGCGCCGACUGCGGGGCUUUGUGUCGCCGAGCCGAGCGCCGCUGCAGCCCCGAGCCGAGCCGGACCAACCUGGCGCGAGCCUGCAGCGCGCUGGAGGACUUCCUGCUGCAGGGGGCGCCGGCGAGUCUGCGAGACGAGCUGGAGAGGCAGCUGAACGCCUGCAUGGAGCUCACGGGAUCCGGAGAGCAGAUGCAAAUGGAGCACUCGCUCAUCCUCAACAACCUGAAGAUGCUGCUCUGGAAGCAGAUCUCGCACACCAUCGACUCGUAACGACACACACACACACUGUGAGCUCGCUGUGGUGCUGCCGUGUGUGGCUUGGGUUUGGGGUUUGGUUUGAUUUUUUAUUAUUAACAUCCCACACACUGACUUAAUGACUUGGUGUCACUCUUUAAACUCUCCUCCUGCCACUCACACGGCGAUUAAAGCGGCCGUCUGUAAUUCUGUGAUAUUUAAAAUGUCAUGAAAAAAGUCUGAUAAUCAUAUGCGCUUGCGGUAUUCACUAUUAUUGGAGCCUGGAAAAGAGCUCCGCCUCUUGCAAGAACAGAUCCGCUCAGCUCCGCCCACUUCCCUCAAAAAGGCAACUUUCUGUUUAUAGGGCGCCAUUACUUUUGUCCUCAUUGAAACCGUUACCUUUAAUCUGAUUUAAAAAAUCUCAUUGAAGUCGAUGAUGAUGAUGAUGUGAAAGUUGGCAUAAAUAUUGGCACCCUAACAGCAGGAGAGUUUAAAUAAUGACAGUAUCUCAUCUAACAUCAGUGUGUGUGUGCGCGCGUGUGUGUGCGCGUGUGUGUGAAACAUUUGUGCCAUACAUGAGUGAUCUCUGAUCAUUCUGUGGGGUUUUUUUCAUAUGGAGGGAAAUUGAAACCUUUUGCAUCCAUUAAAAUUAAAGAUGUGAAAAUAAUAAGUUGAAGGAUACACUAACGUUGAAGUAGAGGUGUGUGUACGGGACUGCUCGUGGGUUCUGACGCCUUCGCUCCGUUUUCUCGACGACCGACGCUUUCCUAUGUUUCCCACGAUGCCAUGCUGAGAGCAGUGCAGUGGGAUUUCACCCUCGCUCCAUCUCUGGAUCAACAGAGCGAUGCGAUGGCGCUUUAGUUUUCCAGCCCGAUCGUUGAAAAACACUGUCGCUAUGGCUUUUCAUCAUCUCGUACGUUGAUAGCUAGCGUGUUAUGCGGUAGCUGCAUUGCAUUUUGGGUCCAUUCGACCGACGUUUUCCAUUUACUCCUUCACUGGAAUUCUCGUUACAAUGACGCAGAGAGAUCCGUCACGGAGAAGGCGAGAGAGAAAAGAAAUGUUUUUUGAGCUAACCUCUCAGCCGUUAGCAACAGAAAUGUCCACGUCAGUGAAGAAAAUUUAAAGUGUCUUGGUGUGAUUAUUAUUUUUCUUAAAGCUGAGUCCUGUGGAAUCUGGGUCCCGACGCACACCUCUACCACGACAAAACUGUGAUUGUCUCCAAGUCACGUAUUUUACACACUAUUAGCGCAGAGAUCCUGCGUCUGCAUGCUAGAGUUACACUUGAACAGAGAUAAUGCUGUGGUCAACCCCCAGUGCUGACUGACACGGCCAGAUCUCCACGCUGGAGCUGAGAGAAAUGGACAGUCUGAUCUCCUACAGGUUUGAAGACUGGACUGGACUCUGUUAGACACAUUUUUUGUUUGUUAUUUUUGAAGUAUUCGUCUCCUGUUCUGUGCCAUCGUGUGACCGAUCUGUUGCUGAACAUCGCUGCUGCUGGUUAAGGACGAAAAACCAAACAGUUCUAUUUUAAAAAAAAGACAGAAAGUAUAAAUGCAUGACUUUGCACAUUAAAGUAUUUUGUCGCA